ACGCCAUCAUCCCAAUCAUCACGUGAAACAUCUCGGGACCCAUCUCCUACUCAAUAUCUUCACAAUCAAUAUCGUCCUCAACUGACAAGACCACCAAUGCCACCAAUAAACGGGCAACAGCCUCAUGAUCCACCGGGACCAGUCCACUCUUCGGUAUUUCAAUCCCAGCCUCCAAGAUUCCCACCGGGUGUCAUUAAACCACAGGAUCCGCGUCAACAGCAGCCACCAGUGGCUCCUGGGACCCAGAUAACCCAAGAUCAGCCUCAGUUGAACGACCAGAGACAGCCGCCAGUAAAUGCAAAUCAACCUAGCCAUCUAAAUGUUCUUCCAUACUCUAGCAACCAACAAUACCUACCGCCACAGCAACAGCAGCAGAAUAACAACUUCAGUCAAGGGUUAAACAACCAAGCUGGUCCCUUGCAAUACUCUAGGCCACCAAAUCCAAAUCCUCCACCAUCUGCAAGUUUAUUCAACAAAAAUCAAGGGCAAAGUUUACCAACUGUCCCGCUAGUACCAAAUUCACAGUAUAAUCUUAAUAGUAAUGUCAAUCCGAACUUAACUAUGGGACCGCCACGCCCGACACUGCCAACCGCUCAAUUUUCUAACAAUCAGCAGCACCAACUUCAGCAGCAGCAGCCUCCAAUUCCAAAGCAGCAGUUAAAUUAUGGUAAUCAGCAGAUGGAUCCAAGAUUACCACCGACCAGCAACACUGCGCCGAUUUAUCCAACUCAAAAUUACGGACUAAGUCAACAAAAUUUAACUAGUCAGAAGAGGUAUCCAUCCGCUAAUUUCAAUCCAGUUCCUAGUGCUGGUGGUGUUACAAGUCCUACCAAUGAUAACUUGCCAAGAAGUGGACCGCCGCUUCCUGGACAAGUGACAAGUCCGUAUGACAACAGACAAGGUUAUUACGGUCAAAUGUCAAAUGUACCCUUGGACAAUAUGUCGAAAAGAUAUCCGUCGCAAAUGACCGGUGGGGUUAAUAACUAUCAGAAUGACAUUAAUCAAUUAAAUACUCAGAUGAGUAGAAUGGACGUUGUGAAUUCUGGUUUCAAUUCAAUGUGGAAUCAUCAUUCGAUUGAUUUAUUACAAAACAGAAAUAUUUUGCCAGCUGAUAAAAUUGAAGCACCUAUUAUUAAGUUGCCGCAAGAAGAACUGGAAGCUGUUAAUUGUAGUCCU